CCUCGGUACCUGUUGCACCUCGCUGUACUGCUACACAGGUAAACAAACACAAACACGCCACAAAAAACAACGGAAAGUGAAAAUCAGAUCAGCGCUGGUGAGUUUGGUCCACGGAAAAGAGAAACCAAGGAGGGGGAAAUGAAAAAUAAGCCACGCUGGAGCCGAAAUGAGAGAUAAGAUACUGAAGAUAGAAGGAAAAUAUUGAAGGACAUCUCUUUAUAGUCUGUAGUAGAAAAGACAACAAAGCAGUACUAACUCAGCAUCCUUAUACGCAACACCUACGUCGGAUAUACACGCACCUCCUCCUCCUCCUCCUCCUCCUGAGGUGCAGCAGACACAGCAGAGACAUGGCGGAUCAGGUGAUGACUUGGGACCAGGUCAACCAGCACUUGGGUCUUGUUUUACCUGAGGGACUCAAUCAAGACGCCUGGAGGACCUUUGUUAUGGAGCUGUUCCGCCAGGUGUUGUCGAUAGAAGAGCAGAACAGGAGGAACUACAAGCCAAGAGCGUGGGAUUUCUGUGUCCUGCACUCGUGCCACCCCAGGGACGUAGCCACAGCCAAGAACUUCAAGCGACUUCUCACCACCUCUCUGGGUCUCUUCGGAAUCACUCUCGGAGAAAUUAACUUCGGGGAGCGCACCCUGGACGCGGCUGAGGCGAUGGUAGAGGGCAGCACUAAGGUCUUCGUGCUCGCCACCAGACAAUUGAGCCGCGUCGACAUGCCCAGGCUAGUCUACCAGGAGGUGCUGAUGGAGGAGCUGCUGCAGGAGAGGUGGCGCGACAGGAUGGUGCCCCUAGUGGUGCAAGGAAACUCUAGGAUUCCCUUUGGCUUGAGGAACAUUAGACCCUUACCAUUGCUAGAUGACCCCGCUACUGCUGAGAUGGUAAGCAGCUUCAUCUCCGUAGAAACACAGAUGGAGGUGCGAGCGAGGAGGCGAAGGAGUGAGGAAAUAUUCAACAACGAACUAAGACGCCAGAGAGCCAGACGCCUGGAGGAGAUCAGGGAGACGGUGACAGAGCUGAGGCAUAGAUUUGGCGAUGAUUACGACCCAACUGCACAGCUUGACCAGAUGACUGAGGCACUGCGCCACAUCACCGUGUCUGACGUGCCGGGGGUGGACCAACAAGUCAACCUCAGCAACUGCAACAACGUCACAGUGGGGCCUUCCAUCCACUUCGUUGUGAGAUGUGACGACUCCACCACUCCACCGUACCCCGACAGCCCCUCCACCAGCCGCCACACAGCCUCCACCAGUGCCAACCACCCCUCCACUACUGCCGCUACUACGGACGCUACUAGUACAGAUUUUGAGUUUUGUUCCGAAGACUUGACUGAAUCUACCUACACUGCCUCCGUCACUUCACCUUAGCUCUCUCUCUCUCUCUCUCUCUCUCUCUCUCUCUCUCUCUCUCUCUCUCUCUCUCUCUCGUCGGUUUGCUGUAUCAUGCCACUCUUCUUGUUAUUC